AAUCGCAUAUUAUAAAUUAUUAAAUCUAGACAAGUCUUCAUUUACUUAGGUGCACCUGUAAGAUACCCAAAUGAUUUUCCAUCAGCUCCCUCUUCAUUGAGAAGCUUUUUUCUUACUGUCCAGCUUUGGAAGAUCUAUUGAUGAUCCUUGAUAGACUGCCAUGUUCUAGCCACCAAAUUUUCCUCUCGCACUCUGAAGAAUUUAGGCUUUUCCUUACUUAGCCCUUAUGGCGGUGAUUAUCUUUAUGAUGAUUACGAAGAACUUGUUGCGAAAGCCGUCACUGCCAGCCUAACAACAUCUCGCUAGCCGGAUACCGCUAGAGGAGAUGCUAGAAGCAGGAAACGUCCCAUACCACCUUGCUUCCCGCUAGAACUUGGCACAGGUGGCCUGGCCCAACCUCCCGGACCGAAGCCCAAUGUCCUAGCACGAAAGCCCGAAAAAAGCUCGGUAGCAUUAAAAAUAUUAUUUUUGAGAAAAAAUAGGUACACAACCGUUUUAUACCCCGAAAAUGAUUAUUUUAUUUUUAAUGCCAAAAAGGAAAUUUUUUUCAAGGCCUUGGGUCGGGCCCAAGUUUGGCCUUUUGUUGCUAGGCUUUGUGAUGCCUGUCCUGAAACCUGUCCUGGCUCAGGAUAUGUCUAGGUCUACUUACAGGCAUAGUUGCACCACCUCCUGUGGCGACAAAGGGACUUCUCCCGUUGAUGCUAACAACUAUUACCUCUGAUCCUAAAUUGUUGUCGACAUGUUAUAUGUAUCUAAACAUUUUUUAUGAAUAGAUACGCAAAUUUGAGACAAGAAUUUAGGAUGGGAGGGAGUAAUUUGGCAAGACGACUCCGCAUGAGAGGCAUUGUGUAUCACAUGCUGAGCCGGAACAAACCUGACCUAGAGGUGGAGUGGGGUGACCCAUACCGCCGCCAGUCUCAGAAGCUCCGCGGUCCUAGGAGGUCGCGUCUCAUAUCGCUGUCGUCCUCAAGCAACAUAGAGCCAAAGGGCAUCACCAUCUCAAGAUCCGGCCACUGCGUCGACUACUGUUAGUGAACCAGGGCCACUGCCCGUGUUCCAGAUCUCGUACGCCCGUCACCGGACAUGGGUGCCUGCCGCGUCGCCCAUACGACGAAGCCUGACGCAGCGGCCACCACCGAGGCGCCACUGCUAGUUAGCGGCCGGCCACCACCCGGGGCCCGAACCCGCACGUAGGAUGCCAAAUCUUAGUGCUCUGGCAUCCGCACAACGGCUGAACUGGCCAUCGCGCCAACACUAGAAUCCCCUAACGCUUUAGGCUUGGGGCCUACGCCACCAUUGCAGAGGCCGACGGCAGUGGCCACGAGGAAGAGGGGUGGGGGAUGCGAGUUGGAAGAGGCGGCUGGGGUUUCCCCUGGUGUCACCUGGGAGGGGCGACACAAGGGGGUCGAGGUGCUGUUGACGUCAAUUUGUAUAAAAAUGGGAUUAGAUUUCAAACUUCGGUUAUGUCAAUUCCUUUUGAGGUUGUCUUUGAGUGGUCACAAGAUCAUCUGGUUUUUUCAUAUAAUAUGUAUGUGGCUUUUGUACAAGCAGUCAAGCAGGAAGGGGUAGGGCAUGGAAGGAGUUGACAAUCAGUGUGAUAUUCAGUCUGCAAGUCAAAAUCAAAGAUCUGUGAACUACAGGUAGCAACAGAGAUGAUUUUCAGAGCAUUGCAGAGAACAGAACAUGAAAAACAGAGGAGGAGAAUAAAAGACAGAGGGAUGGCACCAUCAACCUGCUGAUCUCCUUUGGUUAGACAGCUGUUGCUCAUCACCCGUUUGAGUGAAUGCCCCUGGUGCAUGGAGAUGCCUGACAGGCGUUAGACUACCAUGGGUUAAGGAUAGCACCCGCGACAGGAUCAGUUGCCUCCCUGAUGAUGUGCUCCACCAUAUCUUGUCUUUUACAACUGCACGACAGGCUGUGCAGACGUGUGCGCUGUCUACAAGGUGGCGCCACAUUUGGCAGUCUUUACGAUGCGUUAAUGUUGAGGUGGGUGAAUUCACCAGCAAGGAGGGUUUCAUGAAGUUGAUGGACAACUUACUGCUGUGCCGUGAUGGUAUAUCUCUGGACAGCUUUCGCCUAAGGAACACAAAAGGUAGUGUUUUCGUCAACCACCCCACAGCUGGCACGUGGGUCUGCCAUGUGCUGAAUUGCAAUGUUCGUGUGCUUGGGAUCAAUCAGGAUCAUCAUUUGUUUAACCUAGAUGACGAGCUUUACUUCACUUGGUCAGAUAGGACAGUGCUCAGGGAAUUGUUUAACCUAGACCACUCUUCAUUCACUUCAGCACAUCUGAAAAUACUCAAUCUCUAUUGUGUUUACGGCAGUGCUGAUUUUAUUGAGAAGCUCUUCUCUGGGUGUCCAGCAUUGGAAGAUCUAGCAAUUAUAAAAUGUCAUGUUAUGGCCUUCAAGUUCUUCUCCCGCACUUUGAAGAACUUGAUCAUUGAAUCACUUAGCCCCGCUUAUGGUUAUAAUAUUGAGGAUUAUGAGUUUGAAGAACUUGUGAUAGAUAUCCCCAGUCUUGUUUCGCUGUAUCUGAAGGACAUUCCAUAUUUUGCUCCUCACCUUGUGAAUGUAUCAUCCGUGGUAAAGGCCUCAAUUUGCCUGCACAAUAGUGACAUUGAACACUGCAAUAUUCUGAAUGCUCUGUCAAAUGUUACGGAUCUGACAUUGGAGUCUCCACCUUGCCAGAUGGCAAUGGACGCACUACAAAGGGAUAUGUGGAAGUGCCAUGCAUUCAACAAACUGAAAGUUUUGUCUGUCGAUGAAAGGUGCAUCUCACUAUUGUCCACCAGGGAUGGUACUGAAUUUGGGCUGAUCCAAUUGCUUCGGUGCUCACCUAACAUAGAAAAACUUAAUGUGCAUCUCACUUCGUUGGCAAACUUCUCUCUGGAUGAAGAAAUGGUUGACCCAGAAGCUUACAAAGCAGACAAACUGUUUAACUGUAAACAUCUUAAGGAGGUCAAAAUCACUUGCUGGGAGCAUGAUGGUUCAGUGGACUGUGUUGUGAGGGUCAUACUAGCCAAUGCCAUCACUAUUCCGAAGAUCGUAAUCGAGCCUGAUACUUUUCAUUGCAAGCUUUUCGACCUCCAAAAUUUGGUUAGGUCCUAAUCGAUGGUUGGGAGGUGUUAGUUCUCGGUUGACGCUGGACGCUCUGUCGUUUUUUAUGAAACCAUGUUGUAUUGUUUUGUGUAAAAGUGAACUGGGUAUGCGUGUGUUUCUGGUGAUGCAUGCUGAAGAUGCAUUUAGUUUCCAUGUUUAGUAUCGAGAAUCUUGAGCUGAAUAACUGAAGACAAUAUUGUAAGCUGGGGUUUGGACUUUGUAGAUGCUGCCUUUUUGCUAGUUUUGCUAGCUGAUCUUCAGUAGUCAUGUGUACCUGAUAUUCAGAGCUUCAUCAAUUGAUCAAAAAUUGGAUUCUUCACAA